AAGCAAAAACCCAAGUCAAAAUCAUAAUCCAAAUAUAAUAAUAUAUAUAUACACCCACAUACACGUUAACUUCUCUCUGGUUCUAUGUAGAGAUUUUACUCGUAAUUCAGAACUCGAUGAAUCCGUUCACGGACAAGCAGGUCAUGGAUCUAUCAAAUUCGCAGAGCAACGCCGACUUUAUCAAUCUCUUGAACCCUCAAGAGGACCACAACGGUGAUGGUAAAAAAGAAGAGAUCGUCCGGAGUUAUGAUUUUCAGCCAAUCCGGCAACCCAAUCUCGAUUCGAGCAAUGUUGGAGAAACUAGGGUUUGGGAUUCUGCUGAUUCAAACACCAAUUCCACUAGCAUUGGUGUCAGAAACUACAUUUCUACCGACUCCGCUGAACCUCCAAAAGUCAUUUUAGAGAAAGAUCGUAAUGUCAUCGAUUCAGCUUUGGUGUCUGAGAUUGAUCUAACAAUGAAGAAACAUACUGAUAAUCUGCUCAAUGCAUUGGAAGGUGUUAGUGCACGAUUAUCUCAGCUGGAGACAAGAACUCACCAUCUUGAGAACUCUGUGGAUGAUUUGAAGGUAUCUGUUGGAAAUAAUCGUGGAAGCACUGACGAGAAGAUGAGACAGUUGGAAAAUAUUCUUAGAGAGGUACAAGCUGGUGUGCAGGUUAUAAAGGAUAAUCAAGAAAUAGUAGGGGCUCAGUUGCAGCUUGUGAAGCUUCAGGUGCCAAUGGUAGAGCAACAAUCAGAAGCUCAGAAGACUGGGCAUGUAGAUUCCCUACACCAGGCAGCACCCGCUGCUCAGCAAUCUCACCAACAACUCCCUCCUGCGGCUGUUAUACAACCACCUUUUAGUCUCCCUCCACCUAACGUUCCUCCUCCACCCACUUCGCAACAGAAUUUGCUACCUCCAGUUCAGCUUCAAAGUCAAUUCCCUCAGAAUCAGAUUCCUUCUGUCCCUCAGCGGGAGUCUUACUUUCCCCAACCUGGUCAGACACAAGAUGCAAAUCAGCAAUUCCAACCAACUCCUCCACAACAGCAGCAGCUUCUUCCUCCAUCACUACCACAUCAACAGUUUCAGCCUCCCCCUCACCCACAGUAUGCUCAGCCACCCCCACCACGUCAACAGCACCCAUCUAUCUCAGCUGUUAAUCCUUCUCAACCUCAACCUCAACCUCAACCUCAACCUUCAUUAGGGCACCAUCCAGACGAAACAACUUACAUAUCAUCUCAAAACUAUCCUCAAAGUCCUAGCCAACCAUCACAUCCACCCGGUGGAGCUCCUCCUUCCCAACAGUUAUAUGCGACUCCCUCCCACAUGUAUGAGCCACCAUCCAGCAGACCUGGUUCAGGAUUUUCUACUGCAUAUGGCCCACCUUCUGGGCCUAUUGAACCGUAUCCUUAUGGUGGAUCAGCUUCUCAGUAUGGAAGUGGUUCCUUAAUGAAACCACAUCACCUCCCUCUUCCUGCCGUGGCCCAGAGUGGUGGAAGCAGUUACCCCCAACUCCCAACUGCUAGGAUUCUACCACAUGCCUUGCCUACUACUACUUCUGGGGUUGGUAGUGGGUCUGGAUCAGCUGGAACAGGAAACAAGGUUUCUAUUGAUGAUGUGGUUGAGAAAGUAACAAAUAUGGGAUUCCCAAAAGACCACGUGAGAGCCACAGUUCGAAAGUUGAUAGAGAGUGGACAGUCGGUUGAUUUGAAUGUAGUGCUGGAUAAAUUGAUGAAUGAUGGAGAAGGGCAGCCCCAGAUGGGUUGGUUUGGUCGGUAAGAAGGUUUUUCUGAUUUUUGCUCAUGUAUAGAAGUAUUGUGCAGCGUAUUUCUAGACCAAUGUGGGAAUCUCAUGCACUGAGCUAGCGUUUAUUUA